AUGAAGUUCAAUAGAGGUCGCCGCCGCAGCCGUGAUUCGGAGAUAGCAGCUUGUUAUGGAGAGGAAAGGCUAAGCGAGCUGCCAAGUGAUGUUGUGGUCAAAGUCCUUGGGACGGUGAAAACACAGUGGAAGAGUAAUGCGGAGGACAGGCUAAGCGAGCUGCCCAAUGAUUUGCUGCUCAACAUCCUCGAGAGGGUGGGUACGCUUGAUGCCAUAAGAACCUGCAUCCUUUCGAAGCGACUGCAGGAGCUGCCCACUAUGCUCUCGCAGAUCGUAAUUGAUCUCAGCCCUCGUGAUUUGUUUGAAAUGGAUGGUGUUGUGGCUGAAGUGACGGACAAGAUCCUUAGUACGAGGUCUCCACACAUCACUGUUCACAAGCUGAAGCUCAAAUUUUUCUUGGUUCCCUCUCGCUGUCUCUCCAUCGGCAAAUCUGUCGGCCUCGCCAUGGUGACCCAGAAAUUGGAUGCAGCUGAGUUUGAGAUCAUGACACAGAAGGAUUUCAGCCAUUGCACUGAUGCCCAUCGCCUGCUCUAUGCUAAGAAAUUCAAUGAUUUUGUUCGUGAUUGUCCGGAUGCAUUUGCUGGUCUCACGCGGCUGCAUCUACGGAAUAUGAGGUUUGGUAAAUCAGAUAUAUCCAACAUCCUUAGCCAUUGCAAGCGGUUGGAGUUCUUGUCUUUCUUCGAGUGUGACGAGGGGGUCCGUUCGGUGCUCCAUGUAGAACACGCUCAACUAGUUGAGCUUGUUAUCAUCUUUGGGAAAUUUGAAACAGUGGAGCUUGCCUGUCUACCAAAGCUCCAGCGGAUGUCCUAUAGGGAUUGGCAGUAUGAUGAUAAUCCCUUGGUUCUUGGUUUUGUCCCUCAGCUUUCGAAGCUCAGUCUUGCUUGUCCAUACUUAUCAGGCAAGACGCUCAACUUAAGCAAGCUGCUUGCUAAUGCCCCCACUGUAAGCGAUUUGUAUCUGGAGUUUCGAAGUGAAAAGAUUUGGAUUCAACCAGAAUGCCCCAAAGUGCUUGCUCCUGUGCUUGCCAAACUACGGUUUGUGAAUCUGGAUCAUCUUCGCGAAGAAUGUGAUAUCUCCUGGACACUGUUCCUUCUUGGAGCGGCACCAUACCUAGAGGAGCUUUGCAUCACAGUAUGGGACCAUAAGUGCCGGAUCGAGUCACAAAAGAGCGUCUCCAAAAAAACUGAUGUAAAGUGGGAACCAUCUGAUCCUCAUUUUAAGCAGAAGAAUCUGGCAAGGCUGACUAUCUACGGCUUCCAGUCCGAUGACAAUUUCAUCGGAUACAUUAGACGCGUCAUUCAAGCUGCUGUGAACAUCAGGGAGGUAUCCCUGCACUCCAGGAAGGUGUGCCCAUUGUGUUUCGAAAAGUUUCCUCAGGUGGCGCUUCGUCCUUCGAGUUAUCCACGGACAAGCGAGGAGCUUGAUUUGUUGAGGGAGAAGAUGACAGCCGCUUCGGCUACGGCUUCUCCUGUUAUUCACUUCCGCUCAUUAGGUUGAGUUGAUGAAGAUGAACCUCUAUUUCAAAGACCCCAGUAGUAGCCACUACGUCGGCGCUAUUGCAUAUUCUGCAGAAAUGUAUCUCGUCUACCAAUUUGUUGGAACAACUCAUUUAGCUA